GAUAAGAAAGUAGUCUUGCAUCCAUUUGCGGCAUCGAAGUAUUGGCAGCUAGCAAACCCUUUCACUGAACUUGUCGCUAUGGCUGACGACCGUAAGCUGAAGCGCCUGGGCUUUGUUGAUGCCUACACGCACAAGCUUGCCAAUGGCGCAGCUUACGUCGAGGGUGCAUACAAGAAGGUCAAGCCCCUUGUCCCGCAGCAAGUGCAGCCCUUCCUCGCGAAGGUGGAGGACGCUGUGCUUGCGUACACAGCUCCUGUGGUUGCCAAGGCAUCCGACCAGGCAGAGAAGUUUCUGCGUAUUACCGACGAGCAGGUUGAUUAUCUGUACGUGGAGACGGCUGCGUACCUGACCCAGACGCGCAAGUUGACGCAGAGCAACAUCGAUACUUUCCGCUCUGCUGCCGACAAGUACUACCAGAUGGUCAAGUCCACCGCAGACUACUUGGCUUCAAAGCUCAGCUAUGACAUCUCGGUUCAGGCGGCUCGCGAUUUCAUCAGCAAGUCUGUGGAGAAGGCCAAGGAGCUUUCGGACCCCGACGCCGCCGUGCGCAUCGUUUAUGACUCCUGGCAGCAAUUCGCGGCCAUUCCGGCAGUUGCCAAGACGCUGGAGAAGACCGCCCCAGUAACCAGGAAGGGCUUCGAGACCUUCAUCGCGGCGCAUGAUGCGCUAGUGAGCUCGCUUGUGUACAAGCGCUCCGUCAGCCUAGGUGCCACCACGCUGGGCUGGGCCACAACCACCACGCCCUACAAGCUGGGCGCGCAGUAUUUGUACCCCAUGGUCCAGUCUGUGGCUGAUCCGGCACUGGAGAAGGUGGCUAAGAGCACCUACGUCAACGCCACUUUGAAGUACUGGGCGCCUGUGGCGGCGGCGUGAAACCCUAUGGCCAUUGUUGGAUUGCCGUCAUCUUGGGGCACCAGGCCGUUUUCUCCUUGUACGUUGUAUAACAUCUGAUCCGUCCUACGUAUUCUUGCUGUCUAAACGAUGGGCGUGACCUGGGGGGUUCAUGGCCCUGUGUCGCAGCGAAAAAAAAUUGCGGUCAUUGCGGUUGAGUGUUGGGAGAUCUUGGUACCGAAUUAUAGUUGUAGUUGCAGUUGUUCCCCCUGUGAAUUACUGCGCGUACGACGUGAUGGAUAAGACCGCCAAGCGAACACAUUUCAUGAUAUAUCGCGAGGAGGGUGGCCAGGGUUUUCAGUCCCAAAGCCGUUGAUCGCUGGGGUGAAGGAGAGUUGAAGAAGAGGGUUUUCGGAGAGAAUGAAUGCUUAUUUGUUUUUAGUACUGCAACAAAAAUUUAGUUGUACCGCAUCUUAGUUGUACGGUAAACCGUUGUGACAUUAUCGAGGUUAAUUCCCCAGUGCGCUUGCAGGGUAGUGUUGUCUUUUUGGCUGUUUGUUGCUGCAUGUACUUUUAGGGGUCGCAAAGUUAUGUAUUUCUUAUAUCUUGUAGUACAGUUUUUGUUGAAGGCCUUGAGGGCUGAAAAGGGCGGAAAAGAUGACAAAGAUUUAGAUGGUAACUAUGUAUGAGACAACUAUUUCCUGUAAAUACCAUGGAGAAAC